GUCCCCGAACGUGACGAGCGUGCGCGCCGCCGACCUAGCGUUGGGUUUAGGGGCAAAAGUCUUGAGGAACGCGGCGAGUGGGUGGUGCGCGGCGAGGGCUCGGCCAGCCAGUCGCGUCGCCGUCCCGCAGGGAGAACGCGGAGGGCAGGGAGGGGCGAGCGGCGCGCGCGGAGCCCGCGUGGAGGGGCGGAGGACAGCGAGCCGCGCCCCCGCUCCGGAAGCUGCGCGCAGUGCCCUCGGGGCGCCAGGCCCAGGCCCGUCCGAGCGCCGCGGGGUGUCGCCGCCGCCGCCACAGGACGACGUGGACGCGCCGCGGCCGGCCGGCGACGGAGGCGUGCUGUGGUCGCGCCCACUGCCCUCCCGCGAGCUCGCCCCCGACGUCAGGACGAUGGAGUGAAGCGCGGCCCGCGGUGGCACUUCCGCGUUGCGCCGCCGGAGCCCGAGGCCGCCGCCGCCGCCGCCACCGCCGCCGCCCGGCACGGCCGGCUUUCCGCCGAGGAUAGGAUCCUCCCGCGCCAGGCCCUGACGCCGCUGCGCACACACCGCGACUGGAACCGGGGACGCGCGUCCCGACCCGGAUUAUCGUGGCGCGACUCCCGGCCGGCCCUGCUGCUCGCUACCCCUCCGCCGCGGCUGCCGUCCCCCUUCCCGGCGGGGGACAUGGCCAGGGUCUGACCCCGGAGGAGGCCGCACCCGCGCCGCACUCUGCGGCGGGCUCUAGGCGAUGCCGAGUAGCUCGGACACGGCGCUGGGGGGAGGCGGGGGCCUGAGCUGGGCCGAGAAGAAGUUGGAGGAGCGCCGCAAGCGGAGGCGAUUCCUGUCCCCUCAGCAGCCGCCGCUGCUGUUGCCGCUCCUGCAGCCGCAGCUCCUGCAACCGCCGCCGCCCCCGCCGCCUCUGCUCUUCCUGGCUGCCCCCGGCGCGGCCGCCGCCGCAGCCGCCGCCGCCGCGGCCUCCUCCUCUUGCUUCAGCCCGGGCCCUCCUCUGGAGGUCAAGCGGCUGGCGAGAGGCAAGAGGCGCCCCGGAGGGCGGCAGAAGCGGCGCCGCGGGCCCCGCGCCGGGCAGGAGGCGGAGAAGCGCCGGGUCUUCUCGCUGCCCCAGCCGCAGCAGGACGGCGGUGGCGGUGCCAGUAGCGGCGGGGGUGUGACCCCGCUGGUGGAGUACGAGGAUGUGAGCUCCCAGUCCGAGCAGGGGCUGCUGCUGGGGGGCGCCAGCGCGGCAACGGCGGCGACGGCUGCCGGGGGAACGGGGGGCAACGGCGGGAGUCCGGCCUCCUCCUCCGGCACGCAGAGGCGCGCGGAGGGGUCGGAGCGCAGGCCGCGCCGGGACCGCCGCAGCAGCAGCGGCCGCAGCAAGGAGCGCCACCGCGAGCACCGGCGGCGGGACGGGACGCGCAGCGGCAGCGAGGCCUCAAAGGCCCGCAGCCGCCACGGACACAGCGGCGAGGAGCGGGCGGAGGCCGCCAAGAGCGGCAGCAGCAGCAGCAGCGGCGGCCGCCGCAAGAGCGCGUCGGCUACGUCCAGCAGCAGUAGCAGCCGCAAGGACCGGGACCUCAAGGCCCACCGCAGCCGGACUAAGUCGUCCAAGGAACCGCCCUCGGCCUACAAGGAGCCGCCCAAGGCCUACCGGGAGGACAAGAGCGAGCCGAAGGCCUACAGGCGGCGGCAGCGGUCCCUGAGCCCGCUGGGAGGCCGGGACGAAAGCCCGGUGUCCCACAGGGCCUCGCAGAGCCUUCGGAGCCGCAAGUCCCCCAGUCCGGCGGGAGGUGGCAGCAGUCCUUAUUCCCGGCGGCUGCCGCGCUCCCCGAGCCCCUAUAGCCGGCGCCGCUCGCCCAGCUACAGCCGCCACAGCUCCUACGAGCGGGGCGGCGACGUAUCCCCCAGCCCGUACAGCAGCAGCAGCUGGCGGCGCUCGCGCAGCCCCUACAGCCCAGUACUCAGACGAUCUGCCAAAUCCCGAAGCAGAAGCCCAUAUUCAUCUAGGCACUCAAGAUCUCGGAGCAGGCACAGAUUGUCUAGAUCAAGAAGUCGUCAUUCAAGCAUUUCUCCUAGCACACUAACUCUGAAGAGUAGCUUGGCAGCUGAAUUGAACAAGAAUAAAAAGGCACGAGCUGCAGAGGCAGCAAGAGCUGCAGAGGCAGCAAAAGCUGCAGAAGCUGCUAAGGCUGCUGAAGCAGCUGCCAAAGCUGCCAAAGCCUCAAAUGCUUCUACACCUACCAAGGGGAACACAGAAACUGGUGCCAGUGUCUCACAGACAAACCAUGUGAAGGAAGUCAAAAAACUUAAAACUGAGCAUGCACCUUCUCCUUCAAGUGGUGGGACCGUCAAAAGCGACAAAGCAAAAACAAAGCCACCGCUUCAAGUAACAAAGGUAGACAAUAAUUUGACAGUAGAGAAAGCCACCAAGAAAACAGUUGUUGGGAAGGAGAGUAAACCUGCUGCUACAAAGGAAGAACCAGUUUCCACUAAAGAGAAAAGCAAGCCACUCACACCAAGCACAGGAGCCAAGGAGAAGGAGCAGCAUGUGGCUUUAGUGACCUCUACGUUACCGCCAUUACCUUUGCCUCCCAUGCUGCCUGAAGAUAAAGAUGCUGAUAGCUUAAGAGGCAACAUUUCUGUCAAAGCAGUUAAAAAAGAAGUAGAAAAGAAACUCCGAUGUCUGCUUGCUGAUUUACCAUUGCCCCCUGAGUUACCAGGAGGAGAUGAUCUUUCCAAGAGUCCAGAGGAGAAGAAAACAGCAGCACAGUUACAUAGCAAACGAAGGCCUAAAAUAUGUGGGCCUCGCUAUGGUGAAAUCAAAGAAAAAGAUAUUGACUGGGGGAAACGCUGCGUGGAUAAAUUUGAUAUCAUCGGAAUUAUUGGAGAAGGUACUUAUGGACAAGUUUACAAAGCCAGGGACAAAGACACGGGAGAAAUGGUAGCCUUAAAGAAAGUACGUCUGGAUAAUGAAAAGGAGGGUUUCCCAAUUACAGCAAUUAGAGAAAUUAAAAUUCUUCGGCAACUCACCCACCAGAGUAUCAUCAAUAUGAAGGAAAUCGUGACUGAUAAAGAAGAUGCUUUGGAUUUUAAGAAAGACAAAGGUGCAUUUUACCUGGUGUUUGAAUAUAUGGACCAUGAUCUGAUGGGACUGCUGGAAUCAGGCUUGGUUCAUUUUAAUGAAAACCAUAUAAAAUCUUUUAUGAGACAGCUCAUGGAAGGCCUGGAUUAUUGUCAUAAGAAGAACUUUUUGCAUAGAGAUAUUAAAUGUUCAAAUAUCCUUCUAAAUAAUAGAGGACAGAUAAAACUUGCAGAUUUUGGACUUGCUCGUUUAUAUAGCUCAGAAGAAAGUCGCCCAUAUACUAACAAGGUCAUUACUUUGUGGUAUCGUCCACCUGAAUUGCUCUUGGGAGAAGAACGAUAUACACCAGCCAUUGAUGUAUGGAGCUGUGGAUGUAUCCUUGGUGAACUCUUCACUAAAAAACCUAUAUUUCAAGCAAACCAGGAACUUGCACAGCUAGAGCUAAUAAGCCGUAUAUGUGGGAGUCCAUGUCCUGCAGUGUGGCCUGAUGUAAUCAAACUGCCAUAUUUCAACACCAUGAAACCAAAGAAGCAAUAUCGGCGGAAGUUAAGAGAAGAAUUUGUUUUCAUCCCCGCAGCUGCACUCGACUUAUUCGAUUACAUGCUUGCCUUGGAUCCCAGUAAGCGCUGCACUGCUGAGCAGGCUCUUCAGUGUGAGUUCCUGCGAGACGUGGAACCCUCCAAAAUGCCUCCACCAGAGAGGUUUUUACACGCUGAGGCAAUGCACCAUAGUAAGAUGGCUGAGAGCCUUCCUUUGUGGCAAGAUUGUCAUGAAUUAUGGAGUAAAAAGAGAAGAAGACAGAAACAGAUGGGCAUGACUGAUGAUCUUUCCACAAUCAAAGCCCCUAGGAAGGACCUGUCUCUGGGCUUAGAUGACAGCAGAACUAACACACCCCAGGGUGUGCUGCCACCCGCACAGUUGAAAUCUCAGAGCAACUCAAAUGUAGCACCUGUAAUAACAGGCCCUGGACAGCCGUUAAACCACAGUGAAUUGGCAAUUCUUCUAAACCUACUACAAUCUAAAUCAAGUGUUAAUAUGGCUGAUUUUGUCCAAGUGUUGAACAUUAAGGUAAACUCUGAGACUCAACAGCAGCUAAAUAAAAUAAACCUUCCUGCUGGAAUUUUGGCAACAGGUGAAAAACAGACAGAUCCAUCAACACCACAACAGGAGUCUUCAAAAUCAUUGGGAGGAGUUCAGCCUUCACAGACCAUCCAGCCUAAAGUGGAAACUGAUGCUGCCCAGGCUGCUGUGCAGAGUGCAUUUGCAGUCCUCUUGACUCAGUUAAUAAAGGCCCAACAGUCCAAACAGAAAGAUGCCAUGCUAGAGGAAAGGGAAAAUGGAUCAGGACAUGAAGCUCCAUUGCAACUCAGGCCUCCUCUAGAACCGAGCACUCCUGGAUCCGGGCAAGAUGACCUCAUCCAGCACCAAGACAGGAGGAUAUUGGAGCUGACACCAGAACCAGACCGGCCUCGAAUUCUGCCUCCUGAUCAACGGCCUCCUGAACCUCCUGAACCACCACCAGUUACUGAGGAGGACCUAGAUUAUCGGACAGAAAACCAGCAUGUUCCUACCACUAGUUCUUCAUUAACUGACCCACAUGCUGGAGUGAAGGCAGCCCUCUUACAGCUGCUUGCUCAGCAUCAGCCCCAGGAUGAUCCCAAAAGAGAAGGUGGUAUCGAUUAUCCCACAGGAGACACAUAUGUGCCCAGUUCAGACUAUAAGGACAACUUUGGAUCUUCUUUCUCUGCCGCUCCUUACGUUAGCAGUGAUGGUCUAGGAAGUAGCUCCGCUGCUGCACCAUUGGAAGCACGUAGUUUCAUUGGAAACUCAGAUAUUCAGUCUCUGGAUAACUACAGUACUGCUUCAUCUCACACUGGUGGUCCACCUCAAACUUCUGCCUUUACUGAGUCGUUUGCCAGUUCAGUAGCUGGAUAUGGAGACAUUUACCUCAAUGCUGGUCCCAUGUUGUUUAGUGGAGACAAGGACCAUAGAUUUGAAUAUAGCCAUGGUCCUAUCACAGUCCUCACAAACAGCAAUGACCCUUCCACAGGGCCAGAGAGUACUCAUCCCUUGCCAGCAAAGAUGCACAACUAUAACUAUGGUGGUAACUUACAGGAAAAUCCAGGUGGCCCUAGCCUCAUGCAUGGACAGACCUGGACUUCUCCUGCCCAAGGACCUGGAUAUUCACAAGGAUACAGGGGACACAUUAGCACAUCAGCUGGCAGAGGUCGAGGCAGAGGGUUACCAUACUGAGUAUCUGUUUUUCCUCAGGCACAUCAUUUUUAUCUGGAAAGACUUUUCUAGCUGCAAUUUCAGGCAGCAAUCCAAGAGACUUGAAUAAUAUUAAUUCAACAACAGCUUUAUUUUUAUGUGGAAAGGGUCUUGCAUACAAUAGUGAAAAAAACAAAACAACAAAAAAAAUCUUUGCUUAAAUUCAUGCUGUUCUUAAAACUAGCUCUAUUGAUUGUACAUCGUCACAGAUUUUAGUUAACAAUUUUAUUUUGUAUUCUUGCAGUUUUAAGUGGAUGCUAACAUUAGGGACAUAAUGUUUUUAUGGCCCUGUGGCAGAUCUUCUGAACUAUGCACACUUGUGCUUUUUUUUGUAAGUUUGGACCAACUUUUAUGUAAACAAGCUCCCCUUCCCCCCAUGCCCCCCAUCCCCCUUCCAGUUUUACAACAAUCAGAAAGGGCACUGAUUUAUUUGGUAUUUUCUUUUUACAAAGCUACCUUUAGUCGAAGGUCACUGUCAGUCUUUGCACCUGCUUUCAGUGUUAUUGUGAAAGGUGUACUUUGUGCUCAUUUCAGAAAAAUAAAACACAACCUUUCUCUUGAUGCAACAGUUUUAUAUAAAAAAUGGUCAACAUUAUUUUUGUUUUGUUUUUUUCAGGUUACCAUAAUACAGGAAAAUUCAUUCAAAUGAAAUAGUGGUUUUUAUAUGAAAACUAUGGGUAGGGUGGGGAGGGGUUGAGUAAGUGCCUUAACAGGUAAGCUUAAGGUCUGCGGAUGAAAUGAGCCUUCACACCACUGUCUUUCUAAGGGAGUCUGUACUGUGCUGACGGGGCAGGGAGCUUCUCCGCUCUCAGGAGUUGCUUGGUCAGUUCUGUUAGCUCCAUUCCCUCUGCCUGCCUGUCACACUGUCCCUUUCUGCCUGUCUUUUGGCUGUGUUGACUUCCACUGUUACCUUCUCUUGGUAGGGGUGUAAGAGGAAAAGAAAGGGAGAACUCAGAACCUUAUGUUACUUCUGGGAAGUACUAAAACUUUUUUUUAUCAAUUAAGUGGUUGAAAGUAGUAGCUGAAUGAGAAUUUUAGAGUGCUCCUUUCUUUCUGGCUGUCAUACUGACCCAGUUUCUAUUUGGAGGGCAGGAGUUUUGAAGCAAGUAUGUAUAACAAUUCAUAAAUAAAUACAUAUGGUACAUAACAAAUGUAUUGAAGUCCACAGAAGGAGGGUGGCAAACACCUUAUUUUAAGUUAUAUAAUUUUAAGAAAAUGUCAACUUAAGUAGAAACAUGUCCUAGAUCUAAUUUAGUAAAGCAAACAGAAAACUCAAAGAGAAAACCUUCCCUCUUCCUUUCAAUUCUGUGAAAUUUACUAUAAUUUCUGCCAGAUUAGAGCAGUGCUAUUCUAUUAGAAUCAACCAAGAAAGAAUAACUCUGAUGUUGUCAAGUCGCACUAUGUUUACGUUCACACACACACACACACACACACAAAAAACCAAAAUUCUAUUUCUGAAAAGGAACCAAAGGUAAAUAGCCAGCAUCACCUUCAUCAUUCGUAGAUAAGAGACUCUGGGGAACCGCCCUCGCGUGCCGACUGACAAUUUCAAUUGUUGUAGUACCUUUCCCAUUGGAUACUAAGUAAGGAAGAACUGUUAUGAAAAGCAGCUUAGCUUCAUGCCCUUUAUAUGAUUUGUGACCCUGCAUUUACAAACAUUCAGGAAACAUUAUUGUUUGGUGACAGAAUAUUUUAAAGAUAAUUUUCCAGUUUAUGCCUAUUAAAAAUGAGUUUUCAGUUGACCAUUUUAUUUUUUGAUCGUAUUUUGUUGGUGAAAGAAAAAAAUUAAUGGAAGAAAAAAUAUUUUGCUUUUAUUUGAAUACAGAGUACUAACAACUUAAUAAAACAGUAGAGGAAGUGAAAAAAUGUUUUGAAAUUUAGAAAUUAGAGUAUUCAAGUCUCUGAAAUUUUAAUAUGGUGAGUCUUAGAGCUUUAGACUUUCCUAUAAGUGACAGUAUCUAAAUUAUUAUUUGUCACAUUUGGUACAUCUGCUGGCCAUAAGCAGCUAACCUAAAAUUGAAACUAUUUAUGUGACAUGAAUAGUCUGUGUUUUAAAAAUUAAAUAUUUUAUAUAAAAUUGACUUGUGUUUGGAUAGUUUUUCUAAUUAAACAUUUCAGAUAUAUAUAUCCAUGUUGGGAGAGUGGCUGGGAAGUCAGGGAAAUUAUUGGCUUUGAAAUAGAAAAUUGGAACUAUUUCUUCUAAUAAUGUGUGUUUUGUAAGACUGUGUAACUAUAUCCUGUGUUUAAGAAAAGGGGAUGCCAAUUAAACCAUAGUGAAGAAAGGCCAGUGACUGCAGGACAGUCCAGACUCAGGGUGGUGUUACAAGAAAGAUGUCUCAUGAAGUAUUAAUGCAGUGCUGAGAGGUGGUAAUUCAGUUCGGAGAGUUUGGAUUAAGAACAGAGCUGGGAAAUCACUAGUUAAAGUCUGUAUUUUGGGUAAGACUUAAAGUAAUAAAAUUCUAAGGGGGUAGAAUCAAGUCACACUGCAGAUAAGAAAGUGAACGUAAGAUUGACCUAUGGAAAACAGUCUUCCUGUGAAGUUUUUCUGCCUCACAAUUUUUCCUACAUGGAAAAUUCGGUAUGUCCCAAAUCUUCAAUUGUUACCUGUUGGUAAACUGAAAAUUAAAGGAAUAAUUCUAGAGAGUUAAUUGAUUAAAUGGUUUGUGGAAUGUGAUUGUUUAACAGCUUCCACUUCUGUUAGCAAAUACAUAAUGACUUAUCAUCGAGGGUAUUUAACCACAUAUAGAUGAGGCUGGCAGAAUUUCUUGUUUGUUAAUGUCUACUAGCUUCUCUAGUCAUCAAAUGUUUGAAUAUUCUAUGCUUACGUGAAUAAAAAUGGAAAUUUGAACAGAGAAAUAAGGCUCCAUGAGGAAGCAAAACCACAAAUUCACUGAUGGAAACAAACUUACUUAAAUAUUGUUAGUUCAUAAGAAUUACCAAGGUUUGAGAAAUGCGUUUCUCAGUGAAAUGGCUAGCACUUGUAUGUGAGGUUUUGGUGACUUUGCUGAGUCCACUCCUGCUCUGAUUAUUUUUCAGACUAGGUGGAACUUGAAUAUACUGUCUGGGAUGCUGGCUGUGGUAUUUAAAGCUGAACCAGACCUACUUGUAACCCCAAAUGGAAUGAUUAACCUCCACAGUGCAGCUGAAGAAAGGCUUAGAGGCUGCCUGGUUUAUUUGUGAUAGCUGGAUUGCUUAUGUGGUUCUUGUACACCACAUCUAAGUCUGCAGUAAACACUUAACAUUCUAUUGCUUUUUCUUGGGUCUUCAUGUAGCUCAGGAUGGCCUUAUACUCACUGGCUCCUAAUUCUCCCAACGGUUAGGAUUACAGGGGCCUGUUACCAUGCCUAUGCAAUACCAACUUAUGACUAGGAAAAUUGUGUGACCAGUAUUAGACCAGACUAAUAAGUUAAUAAUAAUUUGGACUAACAGUAACUUUUUAAGGGCUAGAGCUAGCUCAAUGACUAUUUGCCCUAGCAAGUAUAAUGCCCAGGUUUAAUCCCUAACAAACUCAAAAACCUUAAAAACUUGUAUGCCAGGCACACUGGCAUAUGUCUGCAUUCAUAACACUUGGGAGGCAGGGGCAAGAAGUUUGAGGCUAGGGUGUUUUACCUAUUGAGAUUGGAGGCCAGCCAGAGUUAUAGUGACACCUGUUUGGACAAGCAAAAACAAGAAAAGCCUGUUUUCUUUGAUUAUAGAAAAAAAAGUUUAUUUAGGGAACUAGAAGGUGGCAGCUGAUGCAUUUCAUAUUUGCAGUUACUAAAAGGCUCCUGUGUAGAAAGACCACAUUCAGUGAUUGUGAUACCAAGUCAUUAAAACGUCAUUUCUGGUUAGCACAGUAUUUAGAUGGUUCUCUUACUAGAAAUCAUUUUAUAAGCCUGCCAUUUACCAAAGGACUUCUCCAGUGAUUUUUCUUAGAUUACUAGAAGUUACUAAUAGUAAACUAUUUCAUGGUCACCCGGAGAUGGAAGCAAACAAAAUUUUGAUCAUAGUAGUAAGGGCAUACUGUAGGUCUCAACUCACCAUAAGUUUGUAGUUCUCAUUCUAUUAAGAUGGGGGCAUGCAGUAAAUCAUCUCUUACCACACCCCACCGCAUCAUUUGUUAUAAGGUAUUUUUUUUUUUAAAGAUUGAUUUAUUAUUAUAUGUAAGUACCCUGUAGCUGACCUCAGACACACCAGAAGAGGGAGUCAGAUCUCAUUAUGGAUGGUUAUGAGCCGCCAUGUGGUUGCUGGGAUUUGAACUCAGGACCUUCGGAAGAGCAGUUAGUGUUCUUACCCGCUAAGCCAUCUCACCAGCCCCAAGGUAUUCUUUUGCAAGAAUUUUAAAAUGUUAUUAUACUUCAGUUUAAUGUAAAGACCAUUUGUUUUUAAGAGGGAAAAAGAAAAGUUGUAUUUGAUAGUCAAUAAAUAAACUUCUGUAAGAAUCCCAGGGCAUCUUUAAAGUUGUAUUUUCUUUUUGUGUAUAUUCAAAGCAGACUCUUUAGAAAAGGCCACUCAUGAUUUACUGUGCCAUGUGUUAUUUUUUGGGUGGUGAUGGGGAGGGCUAUUUGUUGUUGGACAAAGCUUAGAACUUCACACUUUCCCCUUUCAUAGAAUUGUCUUUAGGAGUAGGAACACAGAAGGGGCUUUUUGUUUUUUAUGUUUGUAAGGUGACAAUCUUUUUAAAUUUGUGUUUCUCUAAUUACUAGUGAAUUUCAUUACUUUAUUUGGUAGACUGACUUGUCUAAAGUUUUUUUCUGUGGUUUUGAAGGUAGCCCUUGCUGACCUAUGUGUCUUCCAAAGUACUUGCCUUUGAAUGUCUUGUUAUACAAAAAUUUGAAUGUUUUCUGUAGUUAAUAAUCUUUUCCUUGUGGUUUGUCUUUAGAGACCCUUUUGGUAUUCCAAGAGUACAUACAGAAUUCUGUUUCUAACUAACCUAGGAUUUAUUCUGUUAGAUACAGUCAGGCAAGAAUUCAGUUUUAUGUUUAUUUCUGAAGCCUAUACUUAUAUCAACAGCAUCUAUUGACCAGUUUGUUCUCCCCUACUUUUAAAUAUCUUCUGAGGUUUCUGUGAUGUUCCAUCUUGAUCUUUCUGUCCUGUGUACAUGGUAUUUUAUUGUUUUAAGACUGGAUGUUGAAUUCAGAGGCCUGCACAUUAGGAAAGUGCUUUUCAUGGAACUUGUGUUUGGGUUAUUAUUAUAUUUCCGCUUCUUGGCAAAAUCCACAACCUGUUUGGAUAAUUUGUUACAGGAUAGAGCUUCAAAAGUUUACUACCUAGGGAUACAGCGUAUUUGUUGGAGCAUACCCAGAGCUCCAGCUUUGAUCCCAAUCUCUGGCAUAAAAUGUAUGUGGUGGUGCACAACUGUAACCUUAGUGUUUGUGAGGUGGAGGCAGGAGGGUCAGAAGUUCAGCGUCAUCCAGCAACACUGAGUUCCUGAGGCCAUCUUGGGCUAUAUAAAGACUGCAUUUAAGCAAAACAAAAACAAAGAGAACUUUACAUUUCUCACCUUUUCUGUUUUCUGUUCCUGUCUUUCCAUGUCAUUUUACCCAUUAGCCAUUUUAAUUGAGAAUAUACUUAGUCAAACUUUGUUAAGGUGAGCUUGGCAUUUAGAAGGUAAGAUGGUAUUUUGUUACAUUCUCUGUAAAUUGCAAAUUUUUAUUUGUUGUUCAAUAUACUAUUUUUUUUUCAGGUUGUAUUUUGUUGCUUUUAGAAAUGAACUUGUAAGUAUUGUGAGGUUUUGGGUAUUUGCACAUGAGUACAGGUGCCCACAGAGGCCAGCUAGUGGACUGCCUUGGAGUACAGGCAGUUGUGAGCUUCCCAGUUGUGAGCUGUCUGAUGUUAGUGUUGGGAAUAGAAUUUGGGUCCUUUGCAAGAGUAGUAGUUAUUCAUAACCACUGACCAUCUCCCCAGGCCCAUUAUUGUAAUAUUUUAAGCAUGACUCUUUAUAGGAAAGUUACUAUUUAAAAAUAAAAAUCUAGCCAUAUUGCCUAGUUAUCAUUUUAAUAGUUUAUAGAGUUGAUUUAUCUUUCCUGAUUUUAUGAAUGUCUAACUUUUAGAGUUUUAGACUUCAUGGAUAAACAGAUUAGGGAUAAACUACUUAAUGUGUUAGUAAUAGGAUCAGAUUAAAAUUUCUAACAAUGUUCAUAUAGAUUCUCUCCUUUAAUAUACACUACCAUGUCCUAAUAGAUAACAAAUAAUAAGAUAUAAGCCAUCCAUUUAAGAAUUUAAUAUUGCUAUGUACUAUUGACUAAAUACUUAGGAUUUGGUAUCUGUGUUUAACUCAGCCAGGCAUUGAUUAGCAUGUUCAUUGGCAGAAUAACAACUGGAAAGCUGUUUUUAUUUAAAAUAUAUGUCCCAAGAAUUAACUGUUGAUUAAAGAAGUUAAAGCCGUUUUAUUUCUAACUUGACAAUCCUGUUUCCUUGAGAGUAAUUCUUUUAGUUUUCCUCUUUCCACGUGUCUUCUUCAUUUGGGCAUGGUUCUGUUUCUAACAUAAAUCUUGGGAAAUUUCCAUUUUCUGAAAAUUUAUAUAUUCUGCAAUAUGUCGGAAUGAACAUUUAGCAUCAUGAGGAUACAGUUAAUAUCUGUUUUUAAGCAUAUUAUUAAUAUCCUCUAGGGGUGUUUUAGGGGUAGAUCUAUUCUUUCUUGUUCUUUCGAGUUCUUUUAAGUUGUGUUUGCCCAGGCUAGUCUUGAACUAUAAGCUCCAGUAACCCUCACUUAGCCUUUAGGUGAGCUGGAACUUCUUGUCAUUUUUUCCUUGUCCUUACUUUCUUAAAUUCCUCAUUCUACUUCCAUUCUCUCACUAUUCAUCUAUCUAUAGUUUUUAUUUUCUAAUGUAUUCUACUAUUUGGUUCUGGUGUUUAUUCAAUUUCAUAUUUCCUACUUUAUUGAGUAAUUAUUCUAUUCCCCAUUGAAAGGGGCAUUUUAAUGUUUAAAAUCACUGAUUACUUCUUUGGCUUGAUCUUACUGUUUAAAAUUACUGUAUUUUCACUUGCUCUUUUCUAAAACACCGGUGAGAUCCCUUGUAUUCUUGCUUUCUGUUUCUCUUAUAUAUUUAUACUAAGCUAUUUGGCACAUAAAUGUUCCUGGUAUCUAUUCACCAUUUAAACAUGAAUUAUAGAUUCUGUUUUAGUAUGCCCCUAUUACUGGUCUUCUGUUUAGUUUGUGUUGUCUGCCAAGUUGUUUUGAGACUAGGUCUAUAUGGGCAGGAAUGGUCCUGCACACAGUGAUCUUACUGUGUCAAGCCUCCCAUGUGCUGGGAUUAUUUGUGCCAUCAUGCCUUGACACUCCACCUUUUUGUGUAACAAUUAUGGUUACUGCUUUAAAAUAUAUUUUAUUUUUUUAA